CCGAUCACGAAUUCACCCUCGGGCCAGAGGCAUUGCGCGCCGCCGCCGACUCCAUUGUGGUAUGGGCAAUAUGCGAGCGCACUCGAUCCUGUCAUCUGCCACGACAUACUGGGCAGAGACGUCGUACACGGUGGAGCAAUAUCAGGCCAAGGCAGGAAGCGUAACCAGUGGCGAACACGAGUGGUCGGACGGAAUCAAGGAGUUGACGAACGGCGACGACAAUGCGUUGCUGUGCAAUGUCUUUGACCUGGAAGUGUUGGAAAACGACGGUAGAGCACAGGCGGAAGCGAUUGAGAUAACCCCAACUUUCCCGACGACAUUGGAGCUGGAGAUGGAAUGGGCGUGCUUCAACCUCCACCGCGUCGAGUUUCACUGGCUCCAGAUGCACGCGACCGACCCUCCACGAAGCCGCAUGGAUGUGACAUUUAUCAAGGUGCUGUGGGAAGGCAUGAAGUUCCCUGAAAAGAAGGUCUACAAUCCUGAGCAGGUCCAACGACUCUCGCGGACUGCUGCUGCACUGUCGUACUUUCGACAGUCCCGGCCCCCGUUUGCAAAACCUCUUCCCAGGAAAAAGUUCCUCCAAGGGAUCCAUCAUGAACCACCGAGAGGCAACAGUUGUGCGGGGCCACCGUCGCAGACGGAAUACAUGACAUCCGUGGAGCACCCUCGCCUGGACAGCAUCACGAAGGCAGCACUGCUAUCGAUACCACCCAUGAUGUCCAGUUAACCACCGCCCGAUGUGAUGCAGUCGACAAACGAGAGGUUGAUGCACUCGGGUUGUUGAGUAUUCUCCUGUGGGACGGCGAUUGCAAACUCAGGCAUUGCCCACUGAAGCAAACCAUCUCGCCACCGUUUGGAUCGAGUGGCUUGAGUAGUUGGCGGUAGAGGGCCACCGAUGCGUUGAGAGAGGCCGUAUCAAGGCGACAACGCUGCCGAUGGCGUGCAACCUGCAGCCAACGCAAUGGACUGCUAUCCAAACGACGGUGAAACGAAAGCGAAAAUGCCGUGGCUACAUCGUCUUGUGUGGUUUGUGUUUGGUUGAAUGAUGCAUGGCCGCCACCACCCCAUGCUCAAACGUAGUCGACGUGAAGAGCACCCCACGAUCGGUGCAACUCGACCUCCU